GGCUCGUGGUGCACGUCGCGAUCGUCGUGUAUGCCAGGCGCUCUCGCUCGGGCAGCGCAGGCAGCACAGGCCGCCGCGAGCGCAGACACACCACACACAGUUGCGCGAGGCCUCUACCUAUACAUCUAUAUACUCGGCUUCGUACACGCUCGUAUACAUGUAUAGCGUACACCAUUUCUCUGUGCAACAAUAAUCAUCAUCAUAAUCGCCCAAUCUCAAAGUGUACAGCAAGCCAGGCUGGAGCGUCGUCCCUCCGACCGGGCGCCCCACAAGGAGGCAGCUACGGAGCCGUCUGCGUCGCUGGGCCCAGAGCUCAGCAGAGGCCAGCCAGGAUGCUCUACCUCGAGGAUUAUGUCGAGAUGAUCGAGCACCUGCCUCAAGAAUUGAGGGACAGGUUCACAGAGCUCAGAGAAAUGGAUUUAAGUGUACAAAAUUCUGUGGAUAGCAUAGAAAAGAAAGUUAAAAUAUUCUUUUCCAAUGCCAAAAAAAUGAAAGCAGAUGACAAAGAUGCAGAGUAUCAUGAAAUACGAAAAGAGUAUUACAAAACAUUAGAAGAUGCUGAUGAAAAAGUGAAUCUUGCAAAUCAAAUGCAUGAUUUAGUAGAUAAGUAUUUACGAAGACUCGACCAAGAACUAGACAAGUUCAAGGGAGAGUUGGAAGCUGAUAACAAAGGUAUAACUGAAAUCCUAGAAAAACGAUCCCUAGAAUUAGAUCAGCCUUCAUCCGCAAAUAUCAGUAGCAGUCAGAAAGAAAAUCGUUAUAGCUUUUCUUCAACGAGCAGAGCUCGUGAUAAUCACACUCAUGCGCGAGCCGAUAAACGUCGUGACUCGAAUGCUUCGACAGCUUCACAAGAUCACCCGAAACGAAUAGCAAUGGAAAAACUCGCGGUGGCUCCGAGUUCGUCGCAAAGUGCUCUAUGCAACAUACCGGAGAGCAGGCCAGCGUCCGCAAAUUCAGCGCCGCUGAUAGCACAGCCGACGGCGAUACCCGCCACGGCUUCGACACCAUCGUCGGCCGCGGCAUUAGCAAAUUCAGUGGGUAGUGGUAGUGUUAGUUAUAGUCUUGGACAUAUAGGUGCUGGCGGAAAUGCAAUUGCCGCCGCUGCAUCGCAAGCUAUUGCCGCUACGCAACAAAUGCAACAAGGCAGAAGGACUGCAAGUUUAAAAGCCAGUUAUGAGGCGAUAAAUACAGGUGGUGUUCAUGCUGCUGAAUUCAGCAGAGAAUUAGCUGGUGCUGCACAGACGGCUAUUGCUGCUAUUCAAGAAUCAUCAAAGAAAAACAAAAAUUCGAAAUAUAUUCCGGGACGAGGAAAACCUGCUGUAUCAGCGUCUCUUCGAAGACGCAUGACGGCCAUGUCCAACUCGAACGUCUUAUCGUCCGCUGUUCAGACGCAGUCGCAUACGCAACAAACACAUCAUCAUCAUCAGCACACGAAUCAUCCGUCACAGCAUCACGCACAGCAGCAUCACACGCACGCGCAUCAGCAGCAACAUCAAGUGCAGCAACAACAAUCGUAUCUACACCAGCAAUCGCAUCAUCAAUCGUUAUCUGGUAACGCGACUGGUGGCUUGGUGAACGCAUCCAAUCAAGCGAACACGAAUUCGACGACGCAGACGACUGUGCAAGUGUCGCAGGCCGUCGCUGACGUUGAAAAUGCUGAAUGGACUUUCGAUCCAAAUGAGCCGCGAUAUUGCAUUUGCAACCAAGUGUCUUACGGUGACAUGGUUGCUUGUGAUAAUUCUGAUUGCCCCUUCGAGUGGUUCCAUUAUCCAUGUGUCAACAUCACAGCACCGCCUAAAGGAAAAUGGUACUGUCCUCAAUGUACAACGUCGAUGAAACGUCGGGGAAGCCGCAAAAACUGAUCACGACGAGCUCAAUGCGUCGAAGACAACGAUAAGACGCGCAAACCUCUUGGUAGUCUACUUCGCGCCAUGUUUUUUUCUACAACCAAUACCGAUUAAUAUGAUUUUUAAUAAAGCAUUCAUCGGCAAAUUGAAGAUGAAUGCUGAUGAAGAAAAAAAUUAAAUUAAGCGAGAUACGUUUUAAAUUGUGCAAGUUCGACGUUAUCCAAGACUAUCUCUAGUUAGCAACUUUUUUCAAAUUUGAAGAAAAGUAGAAACGAAGUUUAAAGAUUCGAGCGGAUUUCGAUGAAUUAAUUUUCCGCUUCGACUUUUCUAUCAAGCCUAUUUUACUUUUAAUUUGUAUAAUGUAAUUACAAGUGGCGUAGUGACUAAAUUUAUCAGCUUAUGCGACCAUGGUUAUGUCGUAUGUGAGAUUUAUCCGAGGAAUCUGAGAAUCAACCGAUCUUUUCUUCUUUUUUAUAUUAGUGUUGUGAUAGAUGAUUAUAAAGACGAUGACGAUAACAAGAGUAUGUAUUGUGGAGUUUUAUCUGACAAUCAGGCAGGUGAAACUUAAUUUAAUUUAGGAUCCGUAAUCUUGGUUCCGUAUUGGCUUCAAUUUUGACAAAAUGGUGAUAAUUUUUGUAUUAAUCGCAUACAGUUGAGACUGAGUGAUAUUAAGCAUUCUCCGGUUACAUGAUAAAAAAACGAGCCUGAUUGUUGCCAAAAGAUUUUUUAUAAAUAAUAUCAAAUCUUUGUAGAUAGCCUUGCAAUAAAUUGUUUCUUUUUGUACAGUUAUUAGUGAAAUAAGUGCGAGUGAUCACAAAGUUUGUACUGGUACUUUUUGCGUACCAUAAUACCGAGCCAUGAUUUUUUUGUUGUGAUUGGUUAUCCAGAUUCGCAGGUGAUUUCACGAAUCGGCGUGUGAAUGAGCUCAGUUAGUUCCCUUGUAUUCGAUCUCGACUUUGAUCGUUUAUUGCAAGCUUAGUUUUUGAAAUUGUAAAUUCACUGCGAGAUUCUUAUCAACGAAAGGACCUACUGUUAAAUUAUAGUUACAUAUUACUAUUGUUAAAUUAGAAUCAAUUGUAUUCUAAGGUUCACAAGAAUGUCAACCCUUUUCAAGGGCGAUUCAACGCUCAUUAAUUGCGUAGAAUCAUACGAAAUAGUCUUGUAAAAAUACUUGAAUUCAUAGCUUUCAUAACUCAUACUAAAAUCUCAUCUCAUAGAGUGGUGGGUUCUUUUGUUGGGAAUUAAAUAGUAAGAAUGGUAAGUUUCGAGUGUGUGUGGUUCAGCGUAAGUUGAGCGCUGCUUUCAAUUGUAAAAUACCGUAUAAAAUAAACGAACUUCCAAUAUUGAUCUUCUAAGUGUGCGCGUGUGCCGUAUGCGAGUGAGAACAAAACUUGUAAAAUAAAAGUAAUGUAUGCGUAUGAUGUUCGUAACGUUAUGUGAGUAAAUUGUGAGUCACUUUUUUUGAAAAAUCGAACGCUUAUAGCGAGUAAACAAUAAUUAAAACUAAAUAAUAAUUCUAAUUAUAAUGAAAUAAACUAAGAUUCUAAAUACGCUUUUUCGUGGAGAGAGUAAUGAUAGGAAGGAAAGUCAUUAAAAAUUUAUGAAUUAACGUAUUGUGUACAUUGUACUGAUUGACUUUAAACAGUCAAAUGCAGAAUAAAUAAAUUGCAAAAGAAGGAGAGGUGAUCAAAAAUCUA